CCUUUUGCAACCGGAUGCUUUUGUCGCUGAUGCCGGACGUGAUGAAAACAACGCGCUAUUUGUCUGGCAAACUAGCUAUUAAACUUGCAUUUUCUACAAAAUGUCUAAAAUAAAGUUAUUGAGGGUUUUCCUCAACGAGAGAUUAACAGCUGCUGCUGAGGAGAUAUUCGGGGUCGUUGAAAAAACUAUUGCAGGGUAUGAGGAGGAAGUGAUCCGUCUACAGAGUCUGCUCGACAUUGACAUUGUUCUUCAACCUGAGAUAAACCUACACAGAGCAGAUGUCCAGGAGCUCAAUCUCUCUGUCUCUGAAGAGGAUGUUCCCCCUGAGCAGCAGCAGUGUGAGCAGGAGUGGAGCCCCAGUGUGGGACAGGAGGACCCAGAGCCCAUACAGAUUAAAGAAGAACAGGAGGAACUCUGGACCAGUCAGGAGGAAGAGCAGCUUCAAGGGCUUGAGGCAGAGACCAUAAAAUUCAUAUUCCAUCCUGUCUGUGUGAAAAGUGACCGUGAUGAAGACCCAACUCAGUCCUCACAUCUCUAUCAAGCCCAAAAGGAGGGAAAUGGAGAGAGAGACACACUACCCAGUACUACGACUGAAAAUAUCAAAACAGAACCUGAUGGAGAGGACUAUAGGGAAUCAGAACCAACCAGUGUCUCUCAGCCUUUCUUUGGUGUAAAUCCAGACUGUUCGUCAGCUCAGAGUGAAAACAGUCGAAGUGUCAGUGGUAUGGAGACUGGAGGACCUCCGUCAGGUUUUAAGUCAGUCAAAUCAAAGAGAACAAAGAUGAUAAAAGGACAUAUGUCCCAUAUCAAUAGUAAGGGUUGGAAAUUUACACAGUUGUCCCUCCUGAAAUCACCCAGUCAAAGUAAUUCUACUCCCUGUUGUUGUAAGUUGUGUGGCAAGUAUUUUCAUCAAAUGGGUUCAUUAAUUAAACACGUGCAAAUUCAUAAAGAUAAAGGUAUUUGUGGUGUUUGUGGAAAAUGUUUUCAGUCCACAGAAAGUAUGGAAGAUCACUUCCAAACUCACAUUACAGCAAGUUUUUGUUGUGAUGUUUGUAGUAAAGGGUUCAGCAAGAACAGUAAGCUGAUAGUGCACAUGAGAAGCCACACAGGGGAGACUCCAUUUCAUUGUUGUCAUUGUGGCAAAGGAUUCAAACAGAAUGGAAGUCUAAAAAUACACAUGAGAAUUCAUACAGGGGAGAAACCUUUUUCAUGCCCUAUUUGUGGCACAUGUUUCAGUCAGAAUGGAGAUCUAAAAAUACACAUGAGGAUUCACACAGGGGAGAAACCUUAUAGCUGUUGUCAUUGUGGCCAAGGAUUCAACCAGAAGGGAAAUCUAAAAACACACAUGAGGACCCACACAAGAGAGAAACCUUAUCGCUGUCAUGAUUGUGCCCAAGGAUUCAGCACUGGCAGCGCUCUGAAAAGACACAUUAUGAUUCACACAGGGGAGAAGCCUUUUUGCUGUCCUGAUUGUGGAAAAACAUUUAAUCGGAGUGGACAUGUAAAAUUACACAUGAGGACCCACACAGGGAAUAAAUAAUAUCAUUGCCAUUUGUGGCAAAGGAUUCAGCACUAGUGACCAUCUGAGAUGAAACAUGAGGAUUCACACUGGAGAGAAACAGUAUCCAUAGUGACUGGUAAAGGAUUCUGCACUGGCACCAAUCUGAAAGUGCCCUUAAGGACUCAUAGCGAGAAUAGAUACCCUCAAUUUAGAAAAUGAUUUCCCCAAUCCAGUAUGUUAAAUCAGACACAGUGAGAAAACACUGUCUUUCAUUUAAAAUUGAUAGAACAGUCAUGAGAGGGAGAACUUAAUGGUGUGCUGUUUGGGGAAAGAAGAUUGAGAAUCACAUUGUAACUUCCACUUGUGAGAGGAGAUGCCCCUCAGAACACUACUCGUGGGUGAAUAAGAUAUGAUGGAAUUACUGCUUGAACGUAAGAACUCCAUCACUAACAGAGAGAGAGCAGUUGUUAGUUAUAGGAUGACAAGACAUUUGGGAAACUGUCCUCCCUUUGUACUUAAAACAUUUUUGUUUUUAAAAUCUUCUACAUUAUGUACACUGAGUACUUUAUGAGUACUUUAUGAGUACUUUAUUAUGUACACUAAAGUACUUUUCACCAUCAGUUACUUUGGUUUUGUGUCCUUCAGUGUCCACGGGAGCUGAAAGAAUCUGUACACAUGCCAUUUUAUUGUUACUAGUUUUAUGAGCCUGUUGCCAAUAUCCACUGAGGGGGAAAUUUCACCAGCAUUAAGAAAACUGGUGAAAAACUCAAGUGGACCCAUUCAUAUAAAUUGGCCUUGUGAAACAUGUUUUUCUUCAUCCAGAGAUUAUAUGUUUUUUUCCACAACAGAAUAAAUGUUGAUAACCAUGUUCAUUAAGGUGUCUUUACCUGCUCUCUUCUCCCUUAAUUUGUGGAAAGAAAUUCCACAAAUUAACUUUUAACAAGGUACACCUGUUAAUUAAAAUGCAUUCCAGGUGACUACCUCAUGAAUCUGGUUGAGAGAAUGCCAAGAGUGUGCAAAGCUGUCAUCAAGGCAAAGGGUGGCUACUUUGAAGAAUCUCAAAUACAAUUUUGGGGGGGUUACUACGUGAUUCCAUAUGUGUUAUUUCAUAGUUUUGAUGUCUUCACUAUUACUCUACAAUGUAGAAAAUAGGAGAAAUAAAGAAAAUCCCUUGAAUGAGUAGGUGUUCUAAAA